UGCUGCGUGCCCACGUUCCUGUCGCUGCCUGUCGUCGACCGAGGCCAUGCCGGUUGCGGCGUCGCGCUCCCGGCGCUCGACACGUCCGCCUCCAGAUUGGGAAGCCAUGACGGGCCCUCUCCUGCCGGCCGGAGUGGCCGUUGUUGUGGAGUACCUGGGGCCGGCGACAGGUGCGCCCCCCACAUGCGCGCACAGUGCUCGCGUACCGGUCGAGGUAGACGGCCCUCGACGGAUUGUGCGGAGCGCACGUAGCCCGCCCGAGCGCUCCGGCACGCCGACGCUGCUGGACAAAGCAAAGCAUCUCGACGUGCGGCCUCCCACGUUUUUGUUACGAUUUUGAAAGAAACGGCAGAGAAAUGUGGGAGACACCGUGAAUUCCGCGCGCCCGAGCACCUGUCGAGCACGCACGAAAUAAUAAUCCCCCGACGAUCGAUCAGAAAAGGAGAGCGCACCGGACCACGCCCUGGCAUUGCCAUGGCAUGGCAGUGCCACUUGAGCUUGCGCCCCCGACCAGACAAACCCCACUGUGAUCCGGGGCCCAGGCAACCCUCCGCGGCGCUAUAAAUAAGCGCGGCGUGUCCGUGACCGUGCGUGUGUCCAGCUCCGCUCGCUCGCUGGUCAGCUCCACUCACUCACUCACCCGCGCGCGCACCGGCGGCAGCAGCCAGGGUCCCGAGUGGACGCGGCGGAGCGCGACGGCGGACGGGAUGAGGCACCUGAUCCGGCGGCUGUCACGCGUGGGCGACGACUCCUCGCCGCCCGCGUCGCCGUCGCCGAAGCGGCGCGGCGGGGGCGGGGGCGGGAGGGCAGCGGUGCCGGAGGGCCACGUGCCGGUGCACGUCGGGGACGGCAGCGAGGCGGAGCGGUUCCUGGUGCGAGCCGAGCUGCUGGGCCGGCCGGCGCUGGCGGAGCUCCUCGGGCGCGCGGCGCAGGAGUACGGGUACGACCACCAGGGCCCGCUCCGCAUCCCCUGCUGCUCCCCCGCCGCCUUCCGCCGCGCGCUCGCCUCCGUCGCCGCCGACUGCUGCUAGUGCCCGGCCUGGACCCAGCCCAGGCGCGGCCGGACUUUAGUAGCCCUUGCACCGAUGCACGGGCCGGCGGGAAGAUGGUUAAUUAGCUCUGGGUUCGGCCAUGUUUUAUUUUAUUUUUCGUUAGUAUUAUCAUCGUUCGGUGUACGAUGUAAUGUACCACCUGAAACGACGGGUAGUGUACGUAGCAGAGUAUACCACUGCCGGCAGUAGUUGUAGUACUCUGCAGAACUGGAAGGCCACCGGUUCAUGAUGGUGCAUUAUGUAGCAUGAAGAAAUGGCAGUGAGUCUAUGCAUGGCUAUCUUGCUCUGUUCAUGCAA